AAUCAAUAUUAGAUUGGCGGGAACGCUAGUGGACUGUGGAAUUGACUUUGUUUGACUUAUUAGGUUAUGAUAAGAUAAGAUCAUUUUCGAAAAAUAAAUAAAACAAAAAAUGUCUAUACAAGUGGAAAAUAAUUUAAAUGCUGAAGAACAUAAGGAUAAAUUUGAGCAGACAUCGCAUUACAUACCUUGUAAAAUAGACUCAGACGGCCCGGCAAACGUAGAAAAAUAUUUUGUUCCGUACAUUGUUGAAAAGGAUGGAGAAUUAUCAGCGUCAUUCCGAGGACAUUCAUUAGAUGGUAAGAAGAUGACACUACCGGAGGGUUACAGAGCUGUAACAGUCACUGAAACUAAAAGGCCACUAGCGGAAGAUGCUGAGAGGAAGUUUCAGGUGACCGGUGGUUUCAAAGAGUUCACAUAUUGGAAUUGGGACCAGAAACCUACAAAAAAUGAUAGAAUGGAGAGAGCAUUUGACUGGAUUGAUAUAAGUGAUGCUAUACAUGGAGACUGAUUUUAGGUGCUAUCAUACCUGGUAUUCCUUCAAGAUAGCUAUGAGUGUACCUAUAACUUAAC